AGCAGAGACUAACAAGAUUUGUUGGGGCAGAGUUAACACGGCUUUUGUCAAGGGAAAUCAUGCCUCAGCAAUCUACUAGAAUUCUUUGAAGGGUCAACAAGCAUGUGGCCUUUGGUGAUGCAGUAAUAUAGUGUACUUGGACUAUAGACUCCACGUAGACUGUCUGUCUCCUGAAUCUCCGCUGGAAACGUUACUCAAAGGGGGGCGGAACUAUAAGCCAGGGGGGCAGAUACACCAAAGCUUUCUUCCCUUUCUCUCUGCCCGUGGGCAUUCAUGACACUUGGAGAACGAAGGAAGCAGCGUUGGAGUGGGGGAGGGAUCCUGACUGAAAGAAGUUCACCCGCAGAACUGCCAAAACGUGAGCGGGCUCAGGAUGCCGACCAGCGUGGUGAAGGUGAAUGACAUGGAGGUUUCCACUGAGGGCUCGGACAAGACCGUCAUCAACAUCACCGUCAACCAGGAGUCGUGCCUGGCCUUCCUGGUCAGGUCCAUGCUCCAGAGAAGGGCCAAGCCUUGGGCACCCACCAGCCAGGGCCUUGCCAAGGGCCGCUACCGCGGGGAGCAGAAAGUGCUUGGGGCCUGCCAGGUGCUGCUCGGGAUCGUGUGCGGGGCCAUUGGCGUGAUGCUCUGCUUUGCGCCGCACAUAGAGGAGAUCUCGUCGGGAUCCCCGUUCUGGACAGGCGCUCUGUUCAUCAUCUCCGGAGUCUUUUGCAUUGUGAGCGAAAAGCGUGGCACUGGCUGCUGGGUCUGGCUAGCCUUGCUGUUCACCCUGGCCAGCGUUGUCUCGGCGACCGUGGCUGUGAUCAUCGGGGCGCGGGAUAUGACCUGGUCUUUCACCUUCACCGAAGGCUCUUACCUGUGUGGCCCGGCCUCACCGUCGCCCACGGGCUCCGAAGAUUUCUGGAGACCGCAGGACUGCAGGUUCAAGUUCAGGAGGCUUGAGAACCUGUUCCGGGGCGUGCGGCUGCUCCUGCUGCUGACCAUGGCCACCGGCCUCUGCAUCACCCUCUACUCCUUCCUCUACGGCUGCUGGGCCCUGUGCUGCAGGAAGCAGGACUGGGCCGAGGCCACGGGGGGCAAGGAGCCGCUCCUGUCCUCUGACUCCAUCCUCCCGCCGGACAAGGAGAAAGCCCAGGUUGUCCAGGAUAUCUGAGCACCGGGCCAGGCUCCAGCUUCGCUCUGCCGGGUAACUGCUCUGCACAGCCUGCAUCCCUCCCACACCGCCCCGCUUCCCUGUCCUGGCUCUGGAGCUGGGGCAUCCCACUGAUCCCUCUCCUGUACCAACUGUACUAGGGCGAGGGUCUUCCCAGGCCCUGCUCUGACUAGGGCAGCCAGCUGCUUGGAAAUAAACGGUCUCUCAUGAA